CUUGCGUCUCUGCGAAAAUUAGGGUUUUUGCCUCUCUCACGCCGCCAAGCUCUUUUCUCCGGUCGCCGUCAGCCUUCGUCUACAGAAUGGAUUCUCAGAUUAAGCACGCUGUGGUGGUUAAGGUCAUGGGUAGGACUGGUUCCAGGGGUCAGGUCACUCAGGUUCGAGUCAAGUUCACUGACUCUGAUCGUUACAUCAUGAGGAAUGUUAAAGGACCAGUGAGGGAAGGUGAUAUCUUAACCUUGCUCGAGUCUGAGAGAGAAGCCAGAAGACUCCGUUGAUUCUUCUUCUUCCUGCUACUCUACAAACCGGAAUCAAGAAAACAUUUUGGCUAUUUGUCUUUUGCUUUCUCUGAUUGGAUUAGUGAUUAAUUAUGCUUUUUGAGAAUGAAUUUUGUUGUUGCUUUAAGACAAUUGCUGGAUUAUUAUUAAGUGUUCCUGGUUGUUUUGUUAUUCCAAAUCUGUUAACCUUUUUUUUUGA